UCUGUUAGACUCCUUCCUAUUUUCUCUCUUCCGAAUGAAAAAAUACUCAGCUCUUAUUUUUCUCUGCCGUCCACUGAUUCAAUCAGAUCUCCGGCAAUGACUCACCUUCCCGGAGCAACCGAGUAUUCAAGUGUUUGAAAGAUCUGUUGGUUCGGAAAGUUGUUUAGGUAAUUGCUAAAAUCCAAGGAAAUUUACUCGGAAGUCUGCAAAUUACAAGGAAGUUAAAAAUCUGAUAAGAAAUUUGGGUCAAUUUGCGAGAGGAAUUUCAGUUUCCUCGGUUGUGAAAUGGAUCUCGGAAGAGAUAGCUCGAUUCCGAGGGUAGAAGAUUUCCAGAUUCAGAGUUCUUGGAUUCCAAUUACUCCAGUGAAGCCUGAUUCAACCAAACCGGAGCCGAUCUGUGCAGAAAAGCACCGCCUUCUAAGUGAAAGAAGCUGGUUAGAAGCAGAAAGAUGCUCGACUGAAUUUCCACAAGAAAUUCGGACGAGUAGUGGGGUUGCAUGUUGGAAUUCGAACAACUGUGAUGAAAGGAACAGUGAUUUCUGCAACAGGGAAGAAGCUGUAGCCGGAACAUCUCGCGUUUCCGGUGAUUACUCUUUUUCCGAUCUUCUGGCGCUUGCAGAGGUAGCCUCUACAAGUGCUACUGGCCAUGAGAAUAGUAAUGCUGCAGCCGGUCUUCACAUUCCAGAUCUCAAUUUCCAGAUGGAAGGCUACCAGUUCGAGUCCAGCAGUCAUGCAAAUCUCUCACUUAAUGGCCGCAAUUGCACGCCGGAUGUACCUCACCAUGAAAGUCAUAUACCUUCCCAACCUGCCUACGGUCUCAUUUCACCAGCCAGAACAACGGAUAGAGUCUGGAGUAGUACCUUCUCAAGCCAGUUCUCACCAAUUACACCAGAGCCGGCAAAAAGAGUAGAAGACAGACAAGUCUCUUGCAUACCAAAUGUAAGUGAAGAUGAAAGGGCGAAUCAAGCAGGAGAUACUCAUGAGAAUGAAGUCUCCACCAAAAGGGUUGAAUUGAGCGAAGAUCAGUUACAGAUGCUAAAUGACUCAUCAUGUGCUGCUGUUUCCACAACACUGCAGGAGAGUCACAACUCUGACAAGGGAGGCAACCUUGGUAUUGACCUGAACACAACACCACAACAGAAACAAAGAAGAAAAAAGCACAGGCCAAAGGUGGUUAUAGAGGGUCAGUCUAAAAGGGUACGAAAGCCAGUGACUUCAAAGCAGACUGGUAACAAGGAAACAGCAACAGGAAAGAGGAAGUAUGUCCGUAGAAAUGGACUCAAGCAAUCUGCAGCCACUCCCUCAACAGGGGUAAUCAACGGAACUACCAAUUUAGAAGCAGCUGGGAGUACUGCAAAAUCUUGCAGAAGAUCUUUGAAAUUUGAUUCCGGCAGCAGAUUGAGAGAUGAAAGCUCUUCACCGAUGCCGCCUUCUAAUUUAAACUCAGAAUUUCAAACUCAAAUCUUCUAUACCGGAGGUCAGUCAAAAUCAACAGUGCAGCUUGGCCAAGGGAUGGAAGUGAUGGUGGAAAACACACAAGAGGGCAUUGCACGUUCCAUGAAUCAAGCAUUCGAAGUUUACAUGUCAAGCCCCACUACUCCUACCAAGGCUGAUCCACCACAUGAAAAUUUGAAAGAUGACAACCAAAAUAUAUGCACGAGAGGAAAAUGCCGAAUAGUUUUCUCCGAUGAAACUCAUGAUAAACAGGGAGAGACUGUACAAAUGAUGAUCAAUCCCAGCACUCAAACUACACCACGGAGUCCCAACGAUUCUAACUGCAGCAGCAAUGCAGGUCUGAACGAGAGACAGCAAGCAAGAGGAUUCAAGAGAGAUCGUUCAUAUACAAAUGAUGACAGUGUGAAUGUGAUGGGGGCUAAUUACAACUCUUUGCCCGCGUACCUGAUGUAUCCAGUAAAUAGAUAUGGCAAUAAUAAAGUUCCUGUAAUGCAUUUCCCAGCAAUCUGCAAGAAAAAGAGAACUGAAAAGGGGCACAACUCCACCACAUCUAGCACACUGUCCACUAUGAUUGCUGCAGAUAACAGUGCAAGACGAGCAACAGCAUACCCUCUGAGUGAUACUUAUGUAAAUCCUUUUACAUCAAAAACCAAUUGCAGGAUUUAUGCAGCUCAAUUUAACACUGGUGGCGAGCAAACCAAAGAUGUAGCAGAAAAAGGUCCUCAGAAACAGCAUUCUUUUAAAUGUAUGCUGUCUUUGGGCCACAAAGAGAGAUUGACGAAAAGGAGAUCCAAGGUGCCUACCCGAGUUCGUGACUUGGCUUCCCUACUCAGGGUUGUAAAGUGUAAACAAGUGCCAACAUCUGGUGAUAUGCAAGGAUUUGGAACUUCAAAUCAACCUCAUACAUGCAUGGAAGCCCUAGUUGCAGACACCCGUCCAACAAUGACAACAAGGAAGCGGACUAAGAGAAAUUCUCUCGUCAGUUCAGUGCCUCCCAAUAGAUAUAAUCGCCGCAAAUCCCUUGUCAAGUUGAUAGGUCUUCCAGGUGCAUUUUGGAAAAGCAUGUCUCCCAUUGAGGAGAUUGUUGAGCAAUUAACGUGCCUAGAUAUCAAUAAAGAAACAAACCAAGUCACAUAUCAAGAGCAGAGUGCACUAGUCCCUUAUAAUAGGAGAUAUCUAGAGCAAAAUGCACUUGUUCUUUAUCGAAGAGACGGAACUGUAGUGCCUUUUGAGGGUUCAUUUGAUCCAGUAAGGAAACGAAAACCACGUGCUAAAGUUGACCUUGAUGAUGAGACAAAUAAAGUGUGGAAGCUCCUUCUGGAAAACAUCAACAGUGAAGGCAUUGACGGUACAGAUGAGCAGAAGGCAAGAUGGUGGGAAGAGGAACGAAGAGUUUUCCGUGGACGAGCAGAAUCAUUUAUUGCACGCAUGCAUCUUGUCCAAGGAGAUCGACGAUUCUCCCCAUGGAAAGGAUCAGUUUUGGACUCUGUGGUUGGAGUUUUUCUUACUCAAAAUGUGUCAGACCAUCUUUCAAGCUCUGCUUUCAUGUCGCUUGCUGCACGAUUUCCGCUCAAGUCAGAUAGCAAUUGUGGCUCAUCCCUGGAAACGAGGACGAGCAUAUUGGUCAAAGAAACAGAUGUAUGCAGACUGGAUCUGGAGGAUACCAUCAAGUGGCAAGAAGAGAAAUCAAAUCACCCAGCCUGUGACCAAUGUUAUACGAUUCUCCAUGACGUGGCAUACUGUGAAGAAAAAGUUGUCAACAGCCACGAAUCUCUUGAAAGCAACACUUGCGGUAUUAGGUCAACAGAUAAUUCGAAAUGCAACUUGUCAAAUUCACCAGGAAAUGAUCUUGGAACAUGUCGCGAAUCAGCAGUAAACAGAUCAACUACUCAGAUAACAGGUGCAGUGGCAAGUUUUGUGGAAAAUGAAACAGAAACAGAUGGAGUACUCUCUUCUCAGAAUUCUGUAGUUUCCUCUCAAAAUUCUGUUGACACUUUCAUUGCUCAAACUGCCGAUAGAUCAAGAACAUACUUCCAGAGCAAUUUAGAAGCAGAGCCAACAUAUGGAUCUAAUUCCAACAGUUUUGGUAGCUCUACUUCCUUCAUGGAACUAUUACAGAGGGUCGGAACCGAAAUGUCACACGGAGUUGACAAUCAUGCAAGUGAAAUUGUGGAAGUUGAACCCUUUGGCAUGUUGGAAGAAAGCAAUUGUUCUGAUUUUGUCAAGAAAAAUGAAGAAAAUUGUAUGAGUGAACACAGUGAAUCACAUAUUCAAGAGCAUGACAGUAGAUCAAAGCAAGUUCUUGAAACCACAAAAUUUUCAGGCUUUGAUGUUACUGAGAGCACCAGCACAAUUGAUAACCCAAGGAGAAAUGAGCACAAGGCAGUUGAGUCAAAUUUGAAUGACCGUGGUCAUCUUCCUGGCAAGACAGUUGAUCGGAUUAAUACUGAUACUGCAAAAGUGAAGAGGGGAAGAAUGGGAAAAGAGAAACAGAAUGCAGUUGACUGGGAUAGCUUAAGAAAAGAGGCACAAGCCAAUGGCAAAAAAAGAGAGAGAACAGCCAACGCAUUGGACUCAUUGGACUGGGAGGCAGUAAGAUGUGCAGAUGUUAAUGUGAUUGCCAACACCAUCAAAGAAAGGGGAAUGAACAACAUGCUUGCAGAGAGAAUUAAGGAUUUUCUUAACCGGCUAGUUAGAGAACACGGGAGCAUUGAUCUUGAAUGGUUACGGGAUGUUCCACCUGAUAAAGCAAAAGAGUAUCUAUUGAGCAUAAGAGGGUUGGGAUUGAAAAGCGUGGAGUGCGUGCGGCUUUUGACGCUUCAUCAUCUAGCUUUCCCGGUUGAUACAAAUGUUGGACGUAUAGCUGUAAGACUAGGAUGGGUACCCCUUCAGCCGCUGCCCGAAUCACUACAGCUGCAUCUUCUUGAACUGUACCCAGUGUUGGAAUCGAUUCAGAAAUAUCUCUGGCCACGACUCUGCAAGCUUGAUCAGAAAACAUUAUAUGAGCUACAUUACCAGAUGAUAACCUUUGGAAAGGUUUUUUGUACAAAAAGCAAACCAAAUUGUAACGCAUGUCCAAUGAGAGGAGAGUGCAGGCACUUUGCAAGUGCAUUUGCAAGUGCAAGGCUUGCCUUACCAGGGCCAGAGGAGAAGAGCAUAGUGAGUGCAUCUGAUAACCAAGCAGCUAAUCAGAACCCCAUUGGGAUCAUCAAUCAGUUGCAGCUACCUCCACCUCUGGCUAAUCAACAAUCAGAAAAAAUGCAGUCUGAAAUCAAUAGCUGUGAACCAAUUGUUGAAGAACCAUCAACACCAGAUCCUAUAAUUGAAGUACCAGCAACGCCAGAACCAGGGCACACACAAAUGACAGAAAUUGACAUCGAGGAUACCUUCUGUGAAGAUCCGGAAGAAAUUCCUACAAUUAAGCUCAACAUUGAGGAGUUUUCUCAAAAUUUACAAAAUUAUAUGAAACAGAAUAUGGAGCUUCAAGAGGGUGAGAUGUCAAAGGCGUUGGUGGCUUUAACUCCAGAUGCAGCUUCGAUCCCUAUGCCUAAACUUAAGAAUGUGAGCAGGCUAAGAACAGAGCACCAGGUCUAUGAGCUUCCAGAUACACAUCCAUUGUUGGAAGGGUUGGACAAGCGAGAACCUGAUGAUCCAUCCCCAUACCUUCUUGCCAUAUGGACACCCGGUGAAACUGCAAAUUCAAUUCAACCACCAGAAAGAAGGUGUAGCUCCCAAGAAUUUGGCGAGCUAUGUGAUGAGAAGACAUGUUUUUCAUGUAAUAGCAUACGAGAAGCAAACUCCCAAAUUGUUAGAGGAACACUUUUGAUACCAUGUCGAACAGCUACGAGAGGAAGCUUUCCACUCAAUGGUACAUAUUUUCAAGUUAACGAGGUGUUUGCUGACCAUGAUUCUAGCAUUAACCCAAUUGACAUCCCUAGGGCUUGGAUAUGGAAUUUGCCAAGACGAACGGUGUUCUUUGGGACCUCCGUAACAUCAAUAUUUAAAGGUCUACCAACUGAAGGCAUUCAGUACUGCUUCUGGAGAGGGUUUGUUUGUGUGAGGGGAUUUGACCUGAAGACAAGGUCGCCCCGACCCCUCUUGGCCAGAUUGCACUUCCCAGCUAGCAAGUUAACUAAGGCAAAAGCUAAAAAAGAUGAUCAGUAGGCAAUCAUGCACUCACGGAGGCAGACACCAGAUUCGACCGUUCAAAGACCCAUGCAGAAAUUUAGGAAUGACAGAGAGGAAAAUUGGCUAACUUGUAGAAUCCCAUGAUGAAUGGACAAGUAGUUUGUGAAUAUUUAACAUAAUGGUAGCUCUCAGUACAUGCUCAAAGUAGAGUUUUUUUAUUUUAGAAUCAGCAAAUAUUCCAUCUACAUGGUUAGUUGUGUUCAUGCGUUUUACAUGUGUUAUGUUAUUUUUCCUUCUUGACUUGAA